UUGAAGACCUGGCAACUAUGGUGCCUGACGAUCCCCUGAUCGAUGCCCAGUCUGAUGCCUUCAAAGAAGUCUUUGAGCAGUUUGCAAAGAACAGCGAUGGCUCUCUCAACGAGGAGGGCCUGGCGUCCACGCUGGACAGAGUGGGGAUCCGUAUCAGCCCAGAGGAGGUGAAGAAAGCACUGCAGAAUGCUGACUACGACGAGGACGGAGAGGUGGGGUUUCAAGAUUUCCUGCACGUGAUGGCGGACAGCCAGCGCUUCUCCAAGUGCUUGAAAGCUGAAGGAGCAGACCCAUCCCAGUCUGUUGAGGUGUGUGAGACAGUGUUUUACAAGGCCCUGACCAGGAUGCUGGCUGCUGGUAUCCUGUCCGGUGGUACUACAAGAGAGAUAGUACAGUACUACCAUAAAAAGACUCUGAGGCUCAUCCGGCGGGCCGUGCGACCAGACAGGGAGGACGGGGACCAAGUUCUCACCUACUACACCAAGGGAGCUCAUCUCAUAGGCCUGAGGAGCAACCAGCUCCUCAAGUACAUCCAGCCAGUGGAGACAAUUGCCCAGAGCCAGAAGGUGAAGGAUAGCCCGUACUUGAGGUGUCCCAGCCUGAACGUGGCCUACACCUCCUGGGACCCCCGGCGCAUGUCACUGAACUCUGCACAGAAGGCCAAAAUGGGCCGCGUGAAGUCCGUCCGCGUGAAGACCUGGAAGACCGCUGAGAUCGAGGAUCGCAUCAGACAACUGUCAAUCAAGCACCCUGGGAUGGAGAAAAUGGAGAUGAUCACGCCUGUGAAGAUGAAGGUGAACAUGUCCAUGAAGGAGAGGGACCACCUCACUUACAAUGAGAUCAACCACAUAAAGCAGAUGUCCAAAUCAAGUCUGAAGGAGUACCUGAAGGACCUGACCCAGCUGAAGCGCAGGGACAUGUGGAACUCCUGGGGCUCCCUUCAGUGUUACUGUGCCCUCCACAGCCGAAAGGACUUCCCCAAAACCUUCACCACCUACUCCUGGUCCUGGAGCGGCUGUCGCAACAUGAUGGAGACUGGAGACCUGGACACUCCCUGUAGGUCCGCCCUACGCCCCCAUGUAGCCAACCACUGGAGCCCAUCGGCAGGAAGUGGCGUGCCUCGUCCAAUCAGGGAGGCUAAAAAGAGAAGACCCUGGCGGCAACCCCGUUGACAGGAAGAGCAGUACAUUGUAGAAAAGAGGAAUAACACCAAUAGCAAUCAUAACAAUACUGAUACGAUCAAUUACUUUAACCACAAAGAUCCCACCCACCCCCACUUCCUCUCACCACAGUCUCCUCUCCCCCACCCCUCCUGAUCCCAGUCCCAGACUUCGACCAGAGCGGCUGUAGUUAUGAGUGCAACAACCCCCCAUGUUAUGUGUACAAGCAGGACUGGCCCCCUAGCUGAUCUGUUGCUCUGGGACUAACUUACAUUAGCCUGCCCCUGAGGCCCCAUGAGAGGGGGGGGGGUGGAGGAGAGGACAUGCAGUGUCUCCCUGCUCAGCAGAAAUAAACCCAUCAUCCCUGAAAAAAAUAGCAGAAUGAGUCAAACGAGUGUCACUGGUUUGUUUGAAAACUGCACCGUGCAAAAGUGAGGAGGACGAGGGAUAGGUA